CGGUAAGAGCGGUGGACGAACGUUGUGUCAUAAUGGAUAAGGCAUACGAAUACGCGAAAUCCGCUAUUAUAAAUUUUAAAUUAGACAGGUGUUGUUGCUUAGCACCUGUAAAAGUAGGCGUUCUUGUUAUAGGAUAUUUAAACGUUUUUAUAGCGAUUUUAUCUUUAGUAGGCACAUCAGAUGGUGGCAUAACACCCCCUUUGAUGGAGGUACAAGAAGUGUUCUUAGAGGACAAUGCAUCUAAGGCCAUCGGAAUCAUUGCGUAUUCGGUUGAGCUAGGAUUCAGUGUAUUGUUGCUUUGUGGAAUGUACCGUGAGGACACAAUAAUUCUACGUGUGUAUGUAUACUUCUUAAUUGCCGUACUCGUGGUGUCGCUACUGGUGUACUCCAUUAUCAUAGCUGCAGUGUCCCUGCUCACGAAGCUGACUCUUAUCGGCAAUAUGGUAUUUAAUGCCUAUGUGAUAAUAUUAGUAAGAAGUGCUAUAGUAGAGAUCAAGGAGUCGAGAAAUUCCGAAAAAAAUGGUCACGUGACUUUAUACUCUGUUGCCAAAGUUCACCAAGAAAUAGACGUGCCGGAUGUGGAAGCACCGGUACCGGAAACAAAAGAGUCUAACGAAGAAUCUGAUAAAAUUGAUACAAAGAAAGAUGAAACGCCAGCUAAAGUUGAAACUGUCGAUGAAAAUGUUAAAGAAGAAUAA